ACUCAUGACAGUCAUGACUCAUACGUAAUAUCAUAUGUAUACUCGUAAUUUCAUACCUACAAGUAUAAUAUUCUGCCAAUGUCGAAUUGACGAUCAGACAUUAGAUAACAUUAACCUUGACGCAAUAACACCUUCUCAAUAUUCUUACCAGGUACCAUUUUAAAAAUACACCUGCAUUCGACAGUAAAUAUUCAAACGAUCAAGUGUCUUGAUAAAAAAUCGCAAUGCUGGUGUUACUUUUUUGGAUUUCUUUUUUACUGGGCACAACUCACGUUGAAUCGGAUGCAAACUUAGAUUACUUUAUUAUGAACGAAGCACAUAUCGCAGAACGUCGCGUCAAUGAAGAUGCCAAUGCUGGCCAUGCUCCAUUUUACGUUGCUUGUAGGACUGGGUCAGAUUCUAUUUGCGAACCAGCGACUCCCAUAAUGAAUAGUGACGAAGGAUACGUUGGUUUUGAACCUACUCAAAGUUCAACUGACCUAUACUAUGGAUGUUUACUUAAUAUUGGGAAGAAAAGAGUGUUCAAUGGGGUUUAUAUCGACCAGGCAUUGCUUUUGGCCAAAGCAAAGCCAGUAACUAUUUACAGAUGGAACUGGUGUGAACACCACUACGAAACUUACCAGCAACGAUGUCGAAAGGAAAUAUCGCCCAAAUUAUGGAGGACUUCCAAUGAACUGUUCGCAGUACGAUCUUACAAUAUUGGAUUUGAAAUUAUAGGUUUUGGUAAGAUUAUUUUGGCCGAGGUUCAUUUCAAUCAUGCCAAAAAAAUUCCGGUUCGGACAAAGCAUUUUGUGCAUGGAGUUUCAUUGGCAGUACCCAUAGAAGCGUAUAAAACGAUUGAAGAACUUGUAUACCAGGAAGAUUCGCAAAUUUCUCGAGUAGCACAAUUGAGAGAAUCUUUGAAAACCUAUUGGAACUUCAAUGAUAUAAAUAGUUACGAAAGGAGACAAAUUAAUGAAUAUCUGAAAUCGAAGGGAUUGAGUAUUAUUCCAGAGAACGCGCGAAUCGCAAUGGCUCACUUAAUUCCCGAAUACGAUAUGGCAGAUGUUAGCUGGGUAAAAGUAACACGUUUUGCUCAAACCAUUGCACCGAUGUGGGAAGAGUUGUAUUUAGCAGUAUGGGCAGAUGUGGAAGAAAUUAUCAGAGAAGUAGCGUUUAUGAAUCAAAGAAAACUGACAGUUUUCUCUGGUACACAUGGAAAAUUGGCUUUCAAGGAACCUUCAGGAAACGGGCGUGAGUUUUUAUUGAAAAAGUACAACGACGUCCCUGUUUUCGUUCCCGAGCUCAUUUGGAAAUUGGUUAUCGAUGAAAAUUACGAGGUGAACGAAAAAAAAGCAAUUGUAAUAGUGCUCGGCAAUCUAACCGAAGAAUUGACUAAUUUGAAAAUUUUCUUCAAACUGAAACUGCCAUCGUGCCAAAAUACGUGCAGGGAUUUUCAGUGGGACGGUAUUGAUAGACCGAAUGUAAGUUGUUGUGAAGUAAAUGAAGUUAAGCAUCUUAUCGAAGAAUUACCGGAUAUUGUUCAUAAAGAAAAUUUCGUCAAGUUUAUGAGUAAAUACGAACCUACUGAUUGAAUUACCCCAAUCUGUGAUUGGGUUUCAUUCAUGUAAUCGCCAAGAUUGUUAUUGUUAAAAACACUAUUCGUAGCCUAACAGAUAAAUUUUGAGUUUA